CAUAGUACGGCGCUGCCAGACUGUCGCAACGACAUAAUAUACAAAGGCUGCCGCUUUUAAAUAUCUUUUAAUUGAACUAAGUAAUGUUAUUACGCAACUCAGUUAAAUUAUUAACUAGCCAUGGAUGAAUCACAAGCACCAGUUGCAGCAAACGCACCAGCUCAGCUGCAGGCGGAUAGACCUGGUCGCAGGCCAAUUCAGCACAUCAAUGUAGACAUUUAUCGGGACACUUUCCUACGCUAUAUGGGCUAUAGCAACGAGGUGGGUGAGGCUUUUCGACCGCUGGUGCCCAAGGCAAUUGUAGCCGCAUCCUAUGGCAUGGCCAUUGGUUAUGUCUGCACAGAUACAUUUGAUAAAUCCCUGCGUGAACAGAUGUCAGGCGCAUCCAGACGUGAUGUGCUUAUUGCAGCCGGUGAUGUGUUCAGUUGGCAAAUGCUGGCAUCGGUCAUUAUACCCGGCUUAGUCAUCAAUCGCAUCACCGCUGGCAGCAAAAUGUUGCUGCGCCGAUCGCCAACGAUUUUGCUAAAGACACUGCCCACGGUUAUUGGACUGGCGAGCAUUCCACUGAUUGUGCAUCCCAUUGAUGGUCUCGUUGACCGCUUCAUGGACGCCACAUUCCGUAAAAUGGUUCGGUAAUAAGACGCCCAGCAAUCUGAAGAUUCUCGUGGAUGUGGAUGGUUUCCCAUGGUGCUAGUUUCUGUAGUGUAUUCCCUGUUAAAAGCUUAAUUGGCAAAGCAUUCCAAACAGCUAAAAAAAAAACACUAGGUUACAGCCAGAUUAUAACCUUAACCAAUACUUCUAUUUUUGAUACAUAUGCAGGGAAAAAAACAACCGAAAAUUUGUUUUUAGUUUUUAAAAAGUGUAGCUUUUUACUUAAAUUUUAUUUAAAGGUGAGCCUAUAUUUGUCAUCAUUACUCGAGAUAUCCAUUACCAUUUUAACCUUCAGAAAAUGUUGUUUAUCAAAAUUGUUUGAUUUUAUGUGAUUUUAUGCCCUAUACAUAUGUAUCAUAAAAAGUAGUUUUGUUUAAUGUAACAUAUAAAAGGCAAAUUUUGUUGACUUUUUUAAUUACAUACCAGAAUUAUUGACGAUAUUUAUGAAGCUUUACAACUAUUAAAUUUAUUGCAUUACAAAAA